AUGGAUCUUCUUGACAAAAAAAGCCUGAAAACGACCCGUGGUCUCAGCUACGCAUACUACGUUCUGAAGGACCAUCCGACCUCCUCUGCUCUUCCCACGAUCCUCUUCCUUCGUGGCUUUCCGGACUCAUCCUCUCUCUGGUUCGGCAUUAUCGAGCGAAUCGCUCAUCUACAGUACCCAAUCAUGGCUAUCGAAUAUUAG